UGUCAGAGCAACCAUCUGAAGGGGGCUUCAUUCUUCUUCCGUCCGUCCGUCCACCUCCAUCAGCAUUUUGGACUCCUGUCAGCCAUUUUUUUACUGAGGGAGAGGAUUUGCUUUGCAGAAAAGGACCAUGUUGGAAAACAAAGCAAACCCAACCAUCAGCAAGUCAACAGGCCUGCCUCGGAAGCGUUUCUACAGAGCGCGAGCACACAGCAACCCGUUAAGUGAUUCUCACUUCCCAAUACCAAUCUCUCCUUGUCAAGUUGACUACUCACUUCAUUAUCCUCAGUUAUUUCCUUCAUCUGAUAAGAUUGAUGGUGCCAAGAAGAUCCAGUUUGCAGAUGUUGGUUGUGGUUUCGGAGGACUGCUAAUUAGUCUUUCGACCCUUUUCCCUGAGACCCUAAUGAUUGGGAUGGAGCUUAGGGAUAAGGUAACAGAGUAUGUCAAGGAGCGAAUUUUAGCACUGAGGGUGGGAAAUCCAGGUCAAUACCAAAAUAUUUCAGUGGUUCGGACAAAUUCCAUGAAAUAUAUACCAAAUUACUUUGAGAAAGGACAGCUUUCAAAGAUGUUCUUCUUGUUUCCAGAUCCUCACUUCAAAGAGAAGAAUCAUCGUCGUCGAGUGAUAAGUACACACCUUUUAGAUGAGUAUGCUUAUUGUCUUGGGGUUGGUGGGAUUAUAUACACGAUUACAGAUGUGGAAGAGCUUGGAGAGUGGAUGAAGGCUUGUUUAGAGAGUCACCCCCUGUUUGAAGCCCUCACAAAGGAAGAGCUUGAAGUGGAUCCGGUUGUAAAGCUCUUGACUUCUGCAACAGAGGAAGGACAGAAGGUUGCUAGGAAUGGUGGACAGACUUUCCAAGCAGUUUACAGACGCGUUAUGCCAUCCCUAUAAUACAUUGGAGAAACUCAGACUGUCCAAGCUUAGUUGUCUUAAUGGGUGAUUAGCUUGCUAUGGUAGCAUAUUGUUGCUCAGUUAGUCUUCAUUAGGAUCAUUUAGUCUUCGAAAUCUCUGAUGUGCAAUUUAUUGUGUUAUUGAGAUUACAAACAAUAAAAGUGUGCGAUAGUUAUAAUUUGACUUGUUCUAACUUUUGUCAGGUCUUAGGACAAUGGGCUUAGGCUUGAUGCAGCAAUAUCACAUCUUCAGUGAAGAAGGGUAAUGCCCCAAGGCAUGAAUCUUUCUCCUGAUAUUCUGUUGCUUGUUUCAUUGAGAUAGUGAAUUGUAUGUCAACAGCUUACUGUGCACAUGGAUGGAUUAGCAUCAGAUGCAUUUGCUUUUCACAUUUGUGUGCUACAUUUCUUGAUGUACAAAAUAUAUGCUGCAGCUGAUUAUAACAGCUUUUUGGGCUGAAACUUGAGGCCUUUCCUUUCA